GGUAGCUAUUUAAUUCCACAAAGUCAUAUUUAACGUUUUGCUUUCCGAGAAUAUCCGCAUUCCUUCCAGACAUGUUUUGUAUUUUCAGGACAGGAUAUAUAAGGUCAAAAUGUGCAGACGUUUUGGAAAAGCCGGUUAACAGGAAUAAUCAGACAUGUCUGAAAGGCGUGUUUUUCAAUCUCCCGAGUUUUAUAACCAUGACAGCUAAGCACAGGACAAAAAUAAGGAGCACGUAGUCAUUGGUAACACUACCAUCUUUGCUUAGGUUGUAUACAAUAUAAAAUUACUAUAAAAUACACAUAAAUAUGAUAAAGAUACCUGGAUUUCCCAUCUUUGUGUUGAUUAUGAAGAUUUAUGAUAUUAAAGUGCUAUAAUUGGAAUAUGGCGGAUAAAAAAGUACACAAUUUCAUGGAUGAUAAACUACCAUCGUUUGUUAAUGAGGACCAGGAGUCACAAAUCAAGGAAAAAGAUAAUCUCCAUCUCCUUAGUAACUUACCAUCCAUAAUUGGAGGUAAAGGGGGAAAAGUCUCAGAAGAACAAAUACUGUCUCAGAUAAAAAAAGAAUACAUACCUCCAGAUGAACAGCAUACAAACAUUCCAUCAAUUGUCUCAGAUAAUAUUUUCCCAAAGUGUGAUUGGGACAACAAUAGAUUCAGGUUUUACAUGGAAAAUGAAGAAAAUGAAAAAAAAAAAGGGGAAGAAGAAAAUAAGAGAAAAGAUGAUAGAGUAGAUAUUUAUGACUUUCCUGUUGAAGAAAAAUCAAAGGAAAAGCCACCAAACAGAAGAUUCUCCUUUAAUAAGAAAAUCAACAGAUUUCUUAAUCGCACAGCUGCUGAGAGUCAAACUAAAAGUUCUGCUAGUUAUUCUGCCACAUCUUUUUCUAGUACUGUGACUAAAUCUUCAUGUCAAACAACUUCUUCAGAGGAACAGGACGUUAACAUAAAGAGGUUGCUGGGAAGCCACAUUAAACUGCCCCUUACAUUACCUAGUAGUAGUGGUGCUGACAACACUCCAUACAAUGUCUCUAGGGAUUCUGAUUUUAGCAAACAUUUUGACACUUUUACACAUGUUGAUGGCAGCAGUGACAAACCUUCACAAGGAAAUGAGCCAAAUAAUGCAGACAUCAGUAGAAAUUCAGAGGGAUCUGAUCUCAGUAAGCUUCAUGAAAUGUUAACAAAUGGUGCUGAUUUCUCGAAAUAUUUGCAUAAUCAAGAUAUAGAGAAUACUAUAAAGUCUGCAAAAGCUUAUGAUUCAAAUACGUGCAAUACUGUCAAAAGUCUAGAACAGGAAAUCAUUGCUGAAAUGAUGAAAGGAAGGCAUGCAUCCCAAAUUAGGGUAGACAACUCAUUCAAAACUGAUCACACGAUUAAUAAAUCUAUUAAUCAAAGUAUGUCACAAAAUUGUACUUUAGACAAUAUGAAAGAUGAUCUGUCAUUCGGUAAAAGCUUGGAUAAUAUACCAUUUAAUAGAAAUAUGGAUAAUAUUCCUUUUAACUUUGUCCAACCAAACAACAAUGGUGGAAAUUCCAGUAGGCAAAUACAAAACAUGAGAGUAGGUGAUAAUAGGGGUCUAUCACAUACACAGGGUGAUAACAGUAGAAUGAUGUCUCACAGUGAUGAUGGGAAACCAGUCAGUAUACCACAGACAGUCAAUGCUCAGACUGAUGAUGAUAAUGAAACAGGACUACAAAUAGUCACAAACCAAAACAAUGCCCCAAGAAAGCCAACUUACAGUAGUACUACACUGAAAUGUUUAGUCUGUGGAGAUAGAUCCUCAGGAAUUCAUUAUGGUGUAUUAGCUUGUGAAGGUUGCAAGGGUUUCUUCAGAAGAGCUUUACAAGAUAUUGGUGAUCCUGCUAGGAAGAGAUGUUUUUAUGGGAAGAACUGUCAGAUUACAGUCCUUACUCGCAACAGAUGUCAGUACUGUCGUCUGCAAAAAUGUUUACAACUGGGCAUGUCAAGAUCAGCUGCUAAAUUGGGAAGAAGAUCCCGUAAAAUGAGAGAUAUGAUUAAGUGUAUGGAAGAUUCUGUGAUGGAACAAGCUCUCCAUGGUCUAUUAAGUCUGAAUCCAGACAUUUCAUCAGAAAUUAUGUCAACGGUUAUGAAACAGAAAACAGAAGACACAUCACAAGAUAAUAAAUUAUCACAGAAGUCUGACUCUCCACCGUUGGAUUUGUCUCCCCCUACUCUGAGAUCACCAUCUCUAUCAAAUGAUAGCCUGAUGAACUCACUGAGUAGAUCAAAUUUGCCAACACCUUUAGGCUCAGUGAGUCAUUCACCUGUAAAUUCACCUGGUUUACCUGUACGAAAUAUAAGUAAUCCCCCAUCAAGUUUGCCAUUAAAUGUUGGACCUCCAAAUCCAUUUGCCAAUCCUAUGUUUAUGUCACUAGGACAAGAUAUGAUAACCUCUGCAAUGUAUUAUGGUGCUCCACAACUUUUCAGUCAGCAAGGCUAUACAUCUCCAAUCAAUUUGGUGAAAUCAGAAAGAAAAAUUUCUGAAGACAGAUCUCCAGUCAGAAGUCAUGAACAUCUGCUGUCAAAAAGUCAAUAUCUAUCUGUUGAUGCUAUGAAUGCUCCCAGGAAUAGGUCAUCAAUAGAUUCCGUUUCAGCAAUGUCACAUCAGUCAUAUGACAAUGAAGAUUUAGAGUCUCUCGAUGCUAUCAGUCGUAGGACGUCGUAUGACUUCAGUGAUGAAGAAAUUCAAGUAUUAAAUUCUAGACAUUUUCAAAAUCAGAUGGCUUUGGAACAUUCAAACAUUUCACAAAUGAGAAGUAAAAUUCCUGGUUCAAAUUUUUUCAGAAAGCCUCAGUAUCAAACAUUGCAACACAGAGCAGGUGUUGAAUCAGACAGACGUCCUCCUUCUCUGGAGAGUGGUGAAAACAGUCGCCCUUCUUCUGUGUGUUCUCAAAGGAAUUCUCCAUACCCAGGACGUCAAAACAAUCCGUCUCCAUUUCAAGGAACUGCAAAUAAUCCCUCACCAUUCCCAGGAACUUCAAAUAAUCCAUCUCCAUUCCCAGGAUCUUCAAACAAUCCGUCUCCAUUCCCAGGACCUUCAAACAAUCCGUCUCCAUUCCAAAGGAAUGAAUCAGUGAAUAGGUCUUUAACAUCACCAUUAGUCAUGAACUCGCCAUCUCCAUAUCACAUGGCACAUGGUCAGCCAAUGACAUCACCUCCAUUAUUCAGCACAAGAACAAACAUGUUGAAACAAAAUAUUACCGAGAUAUCAAGAUCAGACAAAACUGUUCAGAAACAAGACAAGGGAUGUGUGAGACAAAGUCCUGUGGCAGAGAUGGAUUCACAUGAUGAUAGAAGAAAGUUCUUAAAAGUAUCAUAUGAAAAUUCUAUGAAGGCACAAAAACCCAGAGAGACUGCAAUUGUUAGUCCUACUGUGAAAGUUGAAGAUGAAAGUCAGUUAUCUGUUGCAUUUUUAACAUACAAAGUUCAUCAGUCAUUCCAAACAAAUUUUCGAUCUCGUGCUGAUAUCCAGGCCAUGCAAGAGAAGGUUAUAGAAUUUAAACAGAGAAGUAUGCUUGCAAAACAAGAUGUGCAGUUGCUAUUUCAGGAUGAACUAGGUAGAAUCUGCUCAGCUGGGGAAGUUUGUUGGCAUGGAUUCCAGAGUUUACUCAAUACUACUAUUCAGGAUACAGUCACUUUUGCUAAGAAAAUUCCAGGAUUCUCUCGGCUUGAGCAAGAGGAUCAAAUUAGUUUGAUCAAAGGAGGUUGUUUUGAGGUUGCUUGCAUUGUGCACUCUGUGUUUAUAGACACAGAGACAGAUGCUAUGUUUGUUCCUGGUAAGAACUUCCUAGUAACAAGAAAGGAUAUGAAAGUUGGAUUCCCAUUGGGAGAACAUUUUGUUGAAUUGUUGUUUAAUUUAUGUGUACGUCUCAAUGCCUACAAUUUGGAGGAUACAGAAAAAGCAUUGUUUAGUGCUUUGGUGCUCAUUUCUCCGGAUCGUCAGGGUUUAAAGAAAAGGGACAAUGUGAGUAAAUUGCAAGAACUUUUGAUACAGUCACUACAGAAUCAAGUUACAACAAGCCAUCCAGAUUAUGCUGGACUUUUUCCUCGAUUGCUGAUGAGUAUCUCAAGUUUACGAGAACUUGGAGUAGAACAUCGAAGAAAGUUAGAAAGUCUUAAACAUAAAAUGAAAUUUGCCCAUGACCUAUAUGCUGAAACUUUUGAUCUUAUAACAUGAUCAUAUGUGUAUUGUCAUUAAGUUCCUCGGUACAUUGCACCAGUGACUGUCAAGGUUGAUUGAAAACUUUUUAAACAUACUAUACUGAAAUUAAAGCACAUUUGUCCGCUUUCUGAGUGUGUACAUACUGAAAAAUUAAAAAAAUCAUUUUUCAAAACAGACAACACAUUUCAAAAUCGUCUCAAUCUGUCUUUAAAUUAUUUUUUUAUUUGACAAAUUUUAUAUUUACAUUAUUUAUUGAAAAGUAAAUGAUGGUCACUGGUGAUUGAUAUGUGAGAUGUUAUUUGUUGUAGAUGUUGUUAAGUUCUAGUUGUUUAUUAUUUAUGUGUUUUGUUUCUUUUGUUUGCUUAAAGCAUUUUAACAUUGUUAUAAUUUUAAUGUAUGUAGUAUGACUGUUUUUAUAAAGUUCUAAUGAUCAAUUUUCUAUAUUGAAAAUUUUACUCUUUACAACUAUUGCAAUAAAUAAUUAGGCAUGGUAGUACAAUUUUAUACUGUAAGAUGAUUUAUUGAAUAUCAGCAUUGUUACUGUUGGUUAGUGUGUAAUAUUUUCUAUGAAUUGCACACGGUGCAAAAUGUGGCUUCCAAAUCAUGAUGUUUUUUAUGGAUAAGUGUGAUAUUGUUAUCAUUUAAACAAAUUGCUCUACAAUGAAAUGAUAAUUACAUAAAUAUUGGUGUUAUCCCUGAUACUUUACUCUCUAAUUUUUACGCUUGAACAUAUUAAUUAAAUAUUCUGAAAUAUGGUUUUGACACUAUUUUGAAAAUAUUAGAACAAAAUGAUACACUCAGAAUUCACCAUUUAAAAUACCUUUCCUGAGUAAUAAGAUUUUAAUGUACGGUAACAUUACACAGGUGAAAAUCUAAAUUGUGCGACACAUAUUUAAUCUUUUCUUACAAUUUAUAUUUCCUAAAUACUUUAGUUUAAGGUAGUUCACAGUGAAGUGGUCAUAUCAACUUGAAACUUAAUACAAAUUUUCAGUAUGCUGUAAACUUUCUACGAUAUAUGACAAAUUAGGGUAUUGACCCAGAUUAUGAGGUUCACUGAACAUGGAAAUGUGAUAGUGAGGGCAAGGCAUGGUGUCCUAUGGACACAUGUUUUUGUUUAUUUUAAUAUUUUUUUGCUCAUGUUGAUCAUAUAUUUCCCACAUGUGAGGUUUCCAUAUGAUUCAAAUAUAUUGGCAAAAAUUUGAUUUUAUAUAUUUCACAAACAAUGAAGUUUUACCUGUGUACGAAAUGUUUCUGAUAAGGAUAUAUGCAGCUCGAAUUUUAAUCUAUAGAUAGUGUAGAAAAAAUUUCAAUGCCAAAAUAUAGAAAUGAUCGUUACUUUGUUAUAAUGUUUUAUGGAGUAAUUUCAGCAUAUUUCCCUUUUAAACUAGUGCUAAAAUAUCUCCUUUAUAUUACACAGUCCUAUGUUAAUGACUGGUUAUUUUAUUAUAUCAAAUCUCUGGAUUCAUAUAAGUUUAAAAUGUAUAGUAGAUGUUAAUGUGAUUCUUUCUUUCAUCUGUUAUCUAACUUAUGUAAUGUUGUCUAUAUAGGCAAAAUGAUGUGUGUUACUGGUUCUCAACAAUCCACACUUCAAAUUUUUUCUAGAAUGAAAUGUAAUUGCUAUAAUUUUGAUUGUAUAACAGUCAGUCUCUAUGACUGAAAUUGAACCUGAAAAUAUUUUUUGGCUUUUCUCAGAUUAGAAGUGGUUAAUGCAUUUUAGGGAAUAAAAAAUUAGCAAUUUUUUUUAUUUAACAGAAAGACAGUGGAUAAUUUCAUAAUGUAAAUGUAUUAAACUGAACAACAAAUUAUUUUACAAUACAUUUGCACUGGCUAUUUCUAAAUUGUUUGGGGCAUUUGCCAUUUACAGAUCUGGUAUUACCUAUCGACUACUAUACACAUGAUCAUAAAUGUUUUUGAAUAAAAUGGAAAUUUUUCUACAUGCAUUUCUUACAAGAUGGCAUUACAUGCUGUUCAAUAGUUUAUAUGCCAAAUCCAUAAUUCAGUGGUGGAUCCAGGGGGGGGGGGGGGGUUCCUGGGGUUGGAACCCCCCUUUAUUUUUGACGAUCAAUGCUUUUGAAUGGGGACAUAUGGUUGGAACCCCCCUUUAUCCUAGGUUGGAACCCCCUUUUAAAAAUGACUGGAUCCACCCCUGUAAUUGACCCUGUAUAUAAGAGAUUCAUUAAUAUGAGUUGUUUCCCUCAGGAGGGACAUAAAUUUUGUAUCUGUGCAUAAUGUGUGUAAUCUUUAAGUUUUUUUUCAAAUCUUUAAAUUACAUUUGAUCUUUUGUUAAGCUAAAAGCUUUUGAUAUCAAUAGUUGUUUUUUUAUAAAAAAUUAGUUAAAACACCACUUUAAUUUCAACUUAUCAUGCUUUGCAUUGGAAACAGCCCAUUUUGUCCGUUUAGAUCCAGGCUACAUUUUUGCGAAGGGAAACAACUUAUAUUAAAACUUUGUAAUAACAGAAUCAGA